UGUGUAUAAUGCUUCAUUAUGGCGGUACACCUUAAAGUGAUAGCAUAUAGCAGUAACAACCUUUGAAUUUAAUUAUUGACAAAAAAUUACAUUUGAUCUUUUUGAAUGCAUUUUGCCUUGCACAGUAUCAGUCGAAUUCCUUUUUAAAUUAUCACUUCAAUAUGUGGAAAAGUUCCACAACUCGUUUAAUUGUGCGUUUGUUAUUAUUGACGGUUUUCAUUUUAAUUGCGAUGCAUCUUUUAAAUUUCUUGAUACGUCAUUCGAAACAAACUUCAGAUAUGUUACCUACAAAUCUCGAAAAUUAUGACCACUUCCAAGUACCAUACAACUCAACUUGCAGCCGCGCUGCUGAUAAAAGAGGUGAUAAUCAAAAAAUAAUUUCCUUUUCCCUCUACGGAAACUUUACCAACGAAAAUAUGUUUUACACUUAUCUACAACCUUUGAAAGAUACAAUCAAUUUAAUUGCCCAAAUUUAUCCAGGCUGGGUCGUGAGAAUUUAUCAUAAUAUGACAAUCGAUGACGCCGGUUCCGCUACAUGGCAUCUCCUUGUGAAAACUUUGCCAGUGGACAGCAAUCACGUUGAUUUGUGCAAUGCCACUGAGAUCAUUAAGAAAAUGCGUUUAGGAGAUAUUUUUGCCAUGACUUGGCGUUGGUUACCUUUGCUCGACGACAUGGUUCAAACACUAAUGUCAAGGGACACAGACGGUCGAAUAAUACCUCGUGAAAAAGAAGCCGUUAGUGAAUGGUUGUCUAGUGACAGAAUAUUUCACGUUAUGAGGGAUCAUCCCGCUCAUUGUUUGUUUGGAUUCAUAAUGGGAUGUUGCUGGGGAGUUAAGGUGAGUAUGGACCGUCCAAGAAUUGUGCAUUCAGCAAAGAUGAUGUUCACAAUAAAUCAUAUGCAUGAAUAUGAUUACGAUCAGCUUCUCCUUGAUGAAUUUAUUUGGCCAAUUGCACGAACAAAUUUGAUGGCACAUGAUAGUUAUUGCUGCGAAGUCUUCCAGCAAAGUCAACCAUUUCCGACACAGAGAAAAGAUCGCUUCUUCGUUGGUUCUAGGACAAUAAUGGGCAAUGGUAAAAAUGGAACGGAAGAACUCAGUGACAUAGAUAUAUGCCCACAUAAUUGUCGCCCACAUAACGCGAGUUUUAAAUCUGAUUGGAAAUUUUGUUGAUAAAUUACGGAUAGAAAGUCUACAGUUAAUGUUCUUCGUUUUACCAUUACAGUCUAAACCAAGGCACUCCGUAAAAUAUUAAUAAAUAUGUUUUCAAAGUAUCUAUUAAUUUUUAACAAUAUUGCAUAAAUUUUUAAGCUUCGAAAAUGUUGUUCGAAUUUUUAUUUUUAAUAACUGAAUAAAAGACAUGCAAGUAUGUAGAGAAGAGUAGUUUUAGGGGAGACCAGGGCUAUGUGGGACUAGGGGCUAAAAUGUACAGGGCAAUUUUUAUAUGUACAAUUUGUCUAAAAAUUACGAAAUAUAUACAGCGUAUGU